AUGGACACCUCCGUCAGGUUGCAGGACGGACCGCCCAACGAUGUUUGUCUCGAGUGGUUUGAGGCAUUGCUGCAGGGCCUCCUGGCUACCGGCAUGAAGCUUCCAGAGGUGGCAGAGUGCUGCCGUGUGGUCGCAGCCGUGGCUGUACUUUCAGACCCAGAGCUAGGUGAGGAAUCACUGACGGCAGCUGCCACGCUCCUGCGAGUAGAGGAGCCGGCGCUUCGGAGCUUUCUCUCGCGCACGGAGAUGUCUCUUGGUGCAAAAGAGCGUGUCUUCCGGGAGAGGACACGCAGCGAGGCAGCGACACUACGAGCAUCCUUGGCACAGGAGCUGUACGCAACACUCUUCUUGUGGCUCACGCGCUUCGUUGCUCAAGGAAUUGCGCCUCCACAGGUGAAGUCCGGCCGUCUGCUUGGACUCCUGGACCUUUACGGCUUCGAGGUAUUUCCUUCCAACGGCUUCGAGCAGUUCCUCAUCAACUACUGCAAGCGCCCCGAGGGUUAUCAGAGCUUCUAA